AUGUCAUGUUCUCAAACAAGAAAGACAACGAGUCAACUAAAGAGAAAGGAUUUUGACAUUUGGGGAUUAUGCACGGACAUAUGUUCAGAUCUCAUUUACACAGUAGCAGCCAGAAACCCGACGGAAGCAAGGAGAGAAAGAUUAUCCGUACCAGCCAUGUGCAUCCAGUGGAUCGCCUCCGCAAACUGCACCGGCACCGUGGACGGGAAUACUCCGCAAAACGGGUGCAAGGGAGCCCACGUCGCGGUGACCAUCCUCACGCUGUCCGCCGGGGACCAGGAAACAGUAAACGCGCCGUGCGAGGUUUGCGGCGCGGACGAAGAUCCAGAGCAGAUGAUGCUGCUGAGAAUAUUUGACGACGCCUUUGCCGCCGAGUGGGUUGUCGCUUUUGGUGAGAGCCACUAUGCCAAGUGCCCCGAGGGGGAAUGGCACAACGCGGAGAAAGAACGAGACUUUCGCGCCAAGGAUGGACUGUUCCAUGGCCGAUGGCCCAUGGGAGCGGUCACAAAGAAUCGACGCGGGGAGAGCAUACAAAUCAGGUUUCUGGGACAGUUGGUGCCGCUAGUACCGUUGCAACCGUCGAUCAGUCGGACUCGCUCUCUGUUCUGCCCUCCGAAGCCGGUAAAGGUUUUGACCAAUGUAAUUCAAAAUCUUGUUGUUGGCAAUGCUGCCGCGUGGAACAAUCGUAUGAGGUCUAAUUUACCAAGACAUGAAAUCCCCGCAAACCUGUAG